CAGGACACCUUCAAAUACAAUGACGAUUACAUGUUCAACGAGCACAUCGUGCCGUUCUUCCACACCGCGCAGGUCGGGGAGUUCACCACUGGCUACGACUUCGCCCACAAGGGCGUCAGGUUCAGUGUCAUGGGGGUGCUCCCCGAGGACUCCUACGGCGUCGUGGGCAGGAUGACGGAAGUGUAUUAUGAGGGCCCAGCCAUUCAGCGCAAGGUCCUUCAUCGCCUCCAGGUGGUUCCGUUCGAGGACGGCCUGCCCGAGAGGUACCGGCCGACGCGGCUGUCCCUCGACGAGGCCGCCCUGCUGCAGGACUACGUCCGGC